GACCCCGACGGCCGGCCCGUGGUGGCCUUGUCCAGGAUGCUGUACCCCCAGCCGAAGGCGCUGACUCCCUCACGGAGCGAUGUCCUCGUGCUGACCCCCUGGCUGGCUCCCAUCGUGUGGGAGGGGACCUUCAGCCCUGAGAUCCUGGACGAGCAGUUCCGGCUGCAGAACGUGACCGUGGGACUGACCGUGUUUGCCGUCAAGAAGUACGUGGCAUUCCUGCGGCUGUUCCUGGAGACGGCGGAGCAGCACUUCAUGGUGGGCCACCGCGUCACCUACUACGUCUUCACCGACCGGCCGGCCGACGUGCCCCGCGUGCCGCUGCGGGAGGGCCGGCGGCUGGCGGUGCUGGCCGUGCGCAGCCACGCGCGCUGGCAGGACGUGUCCAUGCAUCGCAUGGAGACGAUCAGCCGCUUCUCGGAGCAGCGCUUCCGCCACGAGGUGGACUACCUGGUGUGCGCCGACGUGGACAUGAAGUUCCGGGACCACGUGGGCGUGGAGAUCCUCAGCCCGCUGUUUGGCACCCUGCACCCCGGCUUCUACAGAGCCGACCGCCAGGCCUUCACCUACGAGCGGCGGCCGCGGUCGCAGGCGUACAUCCCCCCGGACGAGGGCGACUUCUACUACAUGGGGGCCUUGUUCGGGGGCUCGGUGGCCGAGGUGCAGCGGCUCACCAGCGCCUGUCACCAGGCCAUGGUGCUGGACAAAGCCAACGGCAUCGAGGCCGUGUGGCAUGACGAGAGCCACCUCAACAAGUACCUGCUGUACCACAAGCCCACCAAGGUGCUGUCCCCCGAGUACCUGUGGGACCAGCAGCUGCUGGGCUGGCCCUCGGUCAUGAAGAAGCUGAGGUUCGUGGCUGUGCCCAAGAACCACGAGGAGAUGCGGAGCCCGUGA